UGCCCGGGGCGGGGCGCGGGGCGGGAGCGCGGAGCCGGCGCGGGGGACGGCGGAGCCGAGUCGCGGGUGCGCCCGCCAGCCCGGCCGGAGGCAGCCGAGGCCGUUUGGGUGGCGGCGGCGACCGGAGCCAGAGCGCAACGCUCCCCGGAGGAGCCGGAGCGGCGGCCGCGCGAGAACCCUGGGGUCCAAUUGUGAAAGAGGCAGGCAGUACUGAAGCACCCAGCCUGGCUCUAGCAGCUACGAAAGAACUCCAGCCCCCCGGGACCCCAACUCACAGACCUCUGCUGCCCACAGGAUGGGAGCCUGGGGACAGGAGGACUGGCCAUGAGGGAUUUCCGCGACUCCUCCAGGCAGACCGCCAGUCCUGCACUUUCCAGACGCACCCCUGCUCCGAGCCCCGCCAUGGACUCCAGACACGGCAGCCCCUGCUCUGAAGGCCCUGGGGGAAGCUCGGCUUGCUCUGCCUUGCCCUGCACCCCUACCCAAGAGGCAGCCCCCAAGGCGACCUCUGGGCUCCAUGAAACCUCAAUCUCAGGAACAACCGGAAUCAGCCCGUCUGGGAAACCAACCGAGUUCUCAUCCCCGGAGCACAGGAAUGCCGAGAAGGAUGCCAGGAACCCAGCAGGUUCUGCUUCCGCUGGGAAGGAAGACGCCGACGCCUCAAGAAAGGCGGAUGCUGUGCUUGCAGGCCAGCCUGAUUCUGCCAUCUCCGGCCAAGGGGAGACUGAGGCUGGGGGGAGCCUCAAUCCUGGGACCCCAAGGAAGGAGGGGCCGGGACCCCAGGUAAAAACGGAGCUGGGGAGCUCCAGUAAGGAGGAGACAAGAUCCCCAAGGAAGGAGGAGCCCAGGAAUACAGAAAAAGGGCUUCGGGCUUCCUCCCAAGGGGCGGGUUCUGCUUCUGCACCAAAGCUAGAUCCUAGGUCCCCCGCCAAGUCAGAGCCAGGAGCCUCAACGGCAGCACCCCAGCCCGGACCCGCGGACACCGCGCCUCUGGGGUCCACAACAAAGGCAGCUUCUAGCCCCUCGGGGCUGACUGAGGCUGGUUCCACGGGAAAAGGCGCCCUCGGGUCUUCCACAAAAGAUCCAGAGCUCCCGGGAGCGCGGGACCCCACGUCCUCUGCAAAGAGCGAGGUGGUGGCGGAGAGGAUGAGCAAAACCCCGUGUGACCGACAGGGGGCGCCCGCGCCCUCGGCAAAAUCGGAGCCCGCCCGCGUGCAGAAUGGGUCCCCCGCGUCCUCGGGCCCCCCGGCUGCAGCGGGGAGGGCGGAGACUGUACCCCCAGCCAAGGAGCCCCCCGGAAAGGUGAGCCCCACUUCUCUGGGCAGCUCCACGACCUCUCCUCCGGGAAGAACGAAUCCGGAGUCUUCAGCAAAAAGAGAACCUGUGUCUUCUGAUCUGGGGGAGCCCAGAGGCUUGGGGUCCGCGGGAGCCUCCCCUGCUGGCCGCUCCCCCUCCUCAGAGAAGGCAGAUCCCGACCUCCCGGGAAGAGGGGAGCCGGGGAGCAAGGGGAAGGAAGCAGUGGCCGUGCCCCUUGCGGCGGCGAACCCAGCCUCUACUGCAAAGGGGGUCCCCACGGCUCUCGGGAACACCCUCGCGGGGUCCUCGGGGAAAGCACCGGGGGUCCCCGAGGGAAACGGGGCACAGGUGGAGCCCCGAGCCUCAGGGAACGCAGAACCCACCACCGAGGGUCAACCAGGAACAAAGCCCCCCAGCCAGGGGCCUCCCCCGCUCUGCGCAGGGGAGGCGCCAGGCGCCUUGGAGAAGGAGGACCCCGGAGCCUCGCGCCAGCAGCUUCCCCGCGACCCUGAGAAGGUGGGGGUGGCACCUCCCGGGAAGACCGACGCGGGCCAGGUGGCUCCCCUGACUCUGGAGAAGACGGAGACCCCCGCCGUCGGGCAGGCGAAUGGCAAAGCUGGCGCUUCGUCGUCGUCAUCUCCCCGCGCGGCGGCGGCGACGAGUGGCCAGGGGCGCGCGGAGCCAGCGCCAGCGCCCCUUACCCCGACCCCCAAAAUCCCGCCGGGUCCGUUGAAGAGCCCGGGAGCCCCGGCCGCAGCCCCCCGGACUCGCGACAAUUUCACCAAAGCGCCGUCGUGGGACGCGAGCGCCCCGCCCCCGCGCGAGGACGCGGGCACCCAGGCGGGCGCGCAGGCGUGCGUGUCGGUGGCGCUGAGCCCCAUGUCCCCGCAGGACGGCGCGGGCGGCCCGGCCUUCAGCUUCCAGGCGGCCCCGCGCGUCCCCAGCCCCGCGCCCGGGCCGCCGUCGCGCCGGGACGCGGGGCUGCAGGUGUCGCUGGGCGCCGCGGAGACGCGCUCGGUGGCCACGGGGCCCAUGACCCCGCAGGCCGCGGCGCCCUCAGCCGCGCCCCCCGUCUUCCCCGAAGUGCGGGUGCGGCCCGGCUCGGCGCUGGCGGCCGCCGUGGCGCCCCCGGAGGCGGCCGAGCCGGUGCGCGACGUGAGCUGGGACGAGAAAGGCAUGACGUGGGAGGUCUACGGCGCGGCCAUGGAGGUCGAGGUGCUGGGCAUGGCCAUCCAGAAGCAUCUCGAGCGGCAGAUCGAGGAGCACGGCCGCCAGGGGGGCCCCGCGCCGCCCCCCGCAGCCCGGACCUCCGGCCCGGGGCGCGCCGGCUCCGUGCGCGCCGCGCCCCCCGACGGCGCCGCCAAGCGCCCGCCCGGCCUCUUCCGCGCGCUGCUGCAGAGCGUGCGGCGGCCGCGGUGCUGCUCGCGGGCCGGACCCACGGCCGAGUGAUCAACUCCCCCCCCCCCCCCGACAACCCC